UAUGACUAACGGUGUUAGGAUUGACGAAACUUAUAUAAGAUAUUCGUUCGUAGAACUGCCCUUAGGCCUAAGUUCAGCAAGAAAAGGCUUUGGAAAAAAUUUUAGGUUGUCCGAUUUCCAAAGAAAUUUACCAAGAAUAGAUAAAAAUAUAAGACCAGGGUAUUGGUCAAAUGAUGGUCGUCGAAGCAAAAAGACCUAUGUUCAAUGGUUUAAAGAUUGGUAUAGCUACUGUGAGAGAAUUAGAAGAAACUCAGUUGAAAAAAUAUCAACAUGCUUUUGGCUUAAAAUAAAAGAAGCAUUAAUGAAUUUCAGACAGGAACGAGAUAUUAAAUCUCGUAUAAAAUCUGCUUACCGUAGACAAUGGCGUCGUAGCUAUUUUCUCCUUGAUAAUGUAAUUGCAUCGUAUUUUGCUAAUUAUAUAGAAUGCGAUAAAACGAAUGGUAUUUCUAAAUGGUGCCCAAAUCCUUGCGGAUUAACUAAGGACGAUAAUCCAUGUUUACUAAUCAAUAACGUUCAAAGAACCGAUAAGAAUUGUGUGAAGACAAACAAAGGGUUAUUCGAGAAUGAUUUCUAUUGUAAAUGCGAAUUUGGGUUUGAAUGGGCAAGAAAUGUUUCCAGAUGCAUUGAAAUUAAUCUAUGCAAUCCUAGACAAGAUUUUAAAACAUGUCAACCAAAUGGGACAUUAAAAUGUGUGAAAAUUCAGACCGCGGACAUUUUAGCUCGGGAUAUCAAAUGUGAAUGCUUACCAGAAUACGAAGGAGUUUUCUGUAACAAACCAAGAAACGCUUGUAACACUCAGCCAAAUGGAUACACUGCUAAGUACAAGGGAAAUUUUCUAUGCAGGGUUAAAACCACAGAUUCAACAAUACAAGCUUUGAAAGGAGCAGCAUGUAUACCUCAAAUUGGUUCUCCUAAUUACGAUUGUACCUGUCCAGAAGGUUUCUAUUCAGAUCCGUCGAUUAGAUUACCGAAUUGCUAUAGUAAUGAGAAGAAUAAAAUUUUGGAGUCGCCUAAAUGUAAUUUGGUGUGUAAGAAAGGAUAUUGCGCUUUAAAUUCUUACGGAAUUCCUCAAUGUAUUUGUGCUAAAGGAUACAGAGGUGAAGAUUGCGGUUAUAAAAAUCCUCAAUGGGAACAAUGGGCGGAAUGGUCUGCUACUUGUAAACCUUGUCAAAGACAAGACUUUCAAAAGAGAAUGAGGAGAAGAAGACAUAACGGCAUUGGAAUUAAUGAUUACCCCCAAGUAUUAACGAGAGAAGGCUUAUGGGUUAAAGAUACUAGAGAUGUUGAAUCAGAGAAUUGUCCCCGCUAUCCAUGUAUUAUACAUGGUAAGUGGGGAGAAUGGCAAAAAUGGAGUCAGUGCACGAAACGAUGCCAAAUUGGUCAAAAAACUAGUAUGAGGAGUUGCAUUUUUGACAUGAAUGUCAAAUAUAGUUGUAAAGUUUACAAGGCCAUUGAUUGCAUACCAGUAGUAAAGGGUUUACCGUGUAAAGGUCCUACAUUUAGAGUUAAUGUGUGCAAUCUGAGACCGUGUAGAACUGGGGAAAUUUCUGAUGCCGUGGUAAGAGGUUCAAAUCAGUAUGGUAAUUGGAGAACGUGGUCUAAGUGUUCUGAAAUUUGUGGCGAAGGCCUACGCAUUAGAAUGAGGGACUGUCCACUAGAUUCCUGUUUCGGGACAUCUUUCAUGAGUGAAAAGUGUUUUAAUAACGCCGGAUGCCUUAAAAAGAAAUCAUUUGAGAAUUGGCAAUCUUGGAGUCUGUGCAAUUAUAAAACCUCUAAAGCUGUUGGUAAUAUGACGAAGCAAAGGUGUUUCAGGCAAAGAGAGUGUAAACGCAAAGAAGGAUGUGCAGGAGUUGCUAAAGUAGCGUCUCUCUGUGUUCUUAAUUACUGUUUAGGGGAUAGUGAAACAUUUUACGUGUCAAUGCUGUACGGAAUUCGAGCUUUAAAAGCUUACAAGAAAAAUGCUAACGCUAACGCAGGAUUAUAUCCAGACUCAACCCAGCAAUCAAAACCUCAAAAUGAAAAUCGCAUAUUAAUUUACAUAGUAGUGAUAUCGAGUUUUAUUGCGAUAUUGGUCCUGAUUGGAUUGUUUCUCCUUUUUAGAGAAUUAAUUUUUAACAAGCGCAAAGAGAAGAUCUUCUCUGAAACUGAAAAAACUUUAAUAUUGGAGGGUCUUGCUCAUCCGCCCGGUUAUGGCCUAAUAAGCCCCCUAUCGAGUGAAUCUGCAGAGACAGAAGAGAAAGAGGAGAAGAUGAAAAAGAAAAAAAAAAAAAAGAAAAGUAAGAAGAAAGACUAA